AUGAAGUGGGUGAAAGACGUUAGCGGAAGUAGCCCUAACGGCAUAGACGCAGGUAUAGGUCUAUUGAUCCAUCCUAUAUUCAUGACUAAAGUGACUUUAUCUGCAGGCGCCGGUGCGUAUCAAAAGUACCUCACUGACGGGACAACGUGUUCUUCUACAAAUCAAUCCCUUCCCACCGAUAUCCAGGCUGCAGUUUGCAAGGCGGGUAUAAAGUUGGAUGACUCUUUAUACGAUAUAUUUUGGGAUGACGGGGCAUGGUAG